AUUCUCAACAACAUCAUACAUACAACCAAAUUAUGGCUUACAUCGUCUUCGUCUUAUGCCUUCUCUCCUUCCUUUCGUCCCCGAACACGAUAGCCGAAGCUAGGAUUUCGUCAAUUAUCGUGUUCGGUGACUCCUCGGUUGACGCUGGAAAUAACAACUUCAUUCCCACUAUUGCCAGAAGCAAUUUCUUCCCUUAUGGUCGGGAUUUUGCGGGCGGGAAGGCAACUGGGAGAUUCUCCAAUGGGAGAAUUCCGACCGACUUCAUUUCCGAGGCUUUUGGACUCAAACCCAUUGUGCCUGCUUACUUGGAUCCGGCUUAUAACAUCUCGGAUUUCGCCACUCGGGUCACUUUUGCUUCGGCUGGAACUGGCUACGAUAAUGCCACUUCUGACGUUUUGUCAGUGAUAUCAUUAUGGAAGCAGCUUGAAUACUACAAAGAGUAUCAAACGAAGCUGAGAGCAUAUCAAGGCUCAGCCACAGCAAACCAAACAAUAAACGAAGCUUUGUAUUUGAUGAGCUUAGGAACCAAUGACUUUCUAGAGAAUUACUACACAAUGCCAGGGCGUUCUUCCCACUACAACAUCCAGCAGUACCAGGACUUUCUUAUCGGGAUCGCGGGCGGGUUUAUCGAGAAGCUUCACGGUCUCGGCGCUCGGAAAAUCUCGCUCGGCGGGCUGCCGCCGAUGGGGUGCUUGCCGUUGGAAAGAACGAGAAAUGUUUUCCGUGGCAAGGAUGAUUGUGUGGAGAGCUACAACAAUGUGGCUGUGGAAUUCAACAACAAACUCAACGCUUUGACAGUGAAACUCAACAAGGAGCUUCCCGAGCUCGAGUUGGUGUUUUCGAAUCCGUAUAACGUUCUGAUGUACAUGAUCAAAAAGCCCUCUCUUUACGGGUUUGAUGUGACAUCAACAGCUUGUUGUGCAACGGGGAUGUUUGAGAUGGGCUAUGCUUGCAAUCGAAACAAUAUGUUCACCUGCACAAAUGCAAACAAGUACAUCUUUUGGGACUCAUUUCAUCCAACCCAAAAAACUAACCAGAUUGUCGCAGCUUAUAUGGUCAAGAACGUACUUUCGAAGUUCCUUUGAUACCUAAAAUUUUGGACGCUUUUAAAGUUAUUAGAAAAAUAGUAUUGUCAAAAUAGGUUUUCGUUCUAAAAUAUAAUAUAAUAAUCACCCCUUAGUAAAUAGUAUGGAUUUUCCCUUCUACCUUAAUUCUAUGCAUCAACUAGUAUAAGCCUUGUACGAUAUGUUUUAUCUAAUAUUUAGUUAUAUGACUU